AUGCUCAGUGACCCAAUGUCUCAGCACAAGGACUGGCCGGUCUGCUCUCACCCUUGGAUUCGACGAGUUGCUUUAGGUCUUCUAGUUAUCGUGGGAGCACUUGUCCUGCGACGGCGAUGGCAAGGCAUCAGGACCAGUCACGAUGCUCGAGAUGUCAUAUCGAUGAGGAGCAGCGGCGAUUUUCGUGGCGUAGCUCUGAAUUCUGGUGAUGCGAACUAUGACACGGUCUUCAACCAGACCCUUUUCGAUUGUGUGCAGAAUGCCAAGAAGGGGGCAGAGGGCAAGUGCUUCGAUGCCAUUUAUGGUUUGGAUACGACGUGCCGGGAACUGGCGAAGGACCCUGUGCGCGGCACCUGCAUGGGCAUCCAAGCCUGCUUGACUGGCCAAGCCUAUGGGCCACUCCCAAAUCCGUGUGACGCAGCCUGUGGUGAUCAAGGGCAUGAGCACAUGUUGAAAUCCUGUCAUGUCCAGUUCUCUGCGCUGCGAUUGCUGAGUCGGACCUGUGUUCCCAAGUGGGUCAUCCACGACCAGAAGACAGAUUGGAGACUCUACCAGGUACGCGACAUGAUAAAUGGCAUUGCAAAGCGCUGUGGACGCCCCAUCACGAACAUUCCCUUCUUCAACACCUGA